GUGUUCUCGAAUCGUCGUUAGCCGCAAUAGCAUCGUCACGGCCUCGCAAGUGAGAUAAAUACAAAGUCCAUUCCCGGUGCAAACCGAGUCAGACCUACCUCACUCACCGCCGUUCAAUUCCGAGUUGGUUACAUAUUCCAGUGCGAUGGAUGGGGAAGAAGGAAAGAAUCUCAUGCCAUCUGUCGAUCGAUGUCUCUUCCUUCCAUAGACGAUGGCAGAGCCAUCCUCCUCGACUUCUCCUUUUCGCCGAUUAUCCUCCUCCGACGCCGACAUGAGCUUCGCUGAGCGCGCCUUCUCCGCUGCCGGCGCCGCCGUCGUCUCUGCCAUCAUCGUCAAUCCCCUUGACGUCGCUAAGACAAGGUUGCAAGCACAAGCAGCUGGAGUGCCAUACCAUCAGGUUUGCACGGAUAUCUGUUGCUACCCUUCUUAUAUAUAUGGUGGGAGAUAUGGUUCAGGUUGUUCUCCCGAUUGUUCCAGGUACAGGGGAACAUUUGACGUGUUCUACAAGGUGAUUAAGCAGGAAGGAUAUGCUAGAUUGUGGAGGGGUACUAAUGCAAGUCUUGUGUUGGCUGUUCCAACUGUGGGAAUCUAUCUACCUUGCUAUGACAUCUUCCGUAAUUGGAUGGAAAAUAUAACUUCCCUACAUAAACCUGAGCUAACACCGUAUGUUCCUUUGCUUGCUGGCUCAGCUGCCCGAACAUUGGCAUGCCUUGCUUGCUCUCCUAUUGAGCUGGCAAGAACACGUAUGCAGGCCUUUAAAUCAUCUCAAACUGGUAGCAAGUUACCAGGAAUGUGGACAACUCUACUCGGUGUUCUUUCACCAGGCAGGAGCAAUACUUACCUCGAGAAAAUGCAAGGGUACCGUGUGCUGUGGAUGGGUGCAGGAGCACAGCUCGCCCGUGAUGUUCCAUUCUCUGCUAUUUGCUGGUCGACCCUUGAGCCAACUCGAAGACGGUUACUUGGGAUGGUAGAGGAUGGCAAUGCAUUCCAUGUUCUUGGGGCAAAUUUUUUAGCUGGAUAUGUUGCAGGCAGUCUUGCCGCUGCUGCCACAUGCCCUCUGGAUGUUGCAAAGACUCGUAGGCAAAUAGAGAAUGAUCCAGAAAAAAUGCUCAUGACAACCACAAGGAAUACGCUAUUACAAGUUUGGAGGAAUGAAGGAGCAAAGGGGUUUUUCACAGGCGUAGGGCCGCGUGUCGCUCGUGCAGGGCCUUCUGUUGGAAUUGUUAUUUCCUUUUACGAAGUAGUCAAGUAUUUUCUCCACAGAGGGCACGCUGAUUCAUAAACCACGUCUCGAUCUCAAGGUGCGGGUACCCGAUUCCCACAGCAACUACAGUGGUUCUAAUAUGGUGCCCAUGCAUUUUCCUAUGCUCCAGCAUCGGAUGCCACUUUGCUUUUGAAAAGCAUCUGUUCGUUUAUUCUCCUCAAAAUCAAGAUGAAAAAGAAAAGAAUCCAUUGAUUUAAAUAAUAUUCAUAUAUUGAAUCGAGUCAAUGAAUUUACAUUAGAUAUAAUGUGAUCCCCUACCAAAACACUGAUAGGCGGGCAAAUGAGACAUGUAACAUCACGAAGAACUGAGAGAUAAAAAAGCAGGAUGGAUGGGUAACUAAUAAA